CAGGUGGUGAUCACUGCAUACUAAGUGUUUUUCCAUGCUUUGUUUUGUUUCUUGGAACUGAGAUUUUCCAGAAGAAUGAAAUGAAUAACGCUUAAGGGCAAGUGUCCUGGGGUGUUGGGCUGAUGUGGGAGUACAUUCUUAAGUAACAGGGAACUGAUACUCUCUCUGUAACAAAAAUUAGCAACAAAGACUCUGAGCUGAUUCAAAACCAUGGAUGCAUUAAACACAGAGGACAACAGCUAUGAGGACUAUUAUAAUUCUGAAGAACUUGAGGAAUUUGGGGUCUGCAAGAAGACACAUGUAAAGGAAUUCAGCCUUGUGUUUCUACCGGUUUUCUAUUCCAUUACCUGUGCCUUGAGCAUUAUUACGAAUUUUACUCUUCUAACAUUGUUUAUCAAAUACAAAACUCUGAGGAAGGUGUUGCCUCUGCACAUGGUCAUAUCAGAUAUUCUUUUCACACUGAGCCUUCCCUUCUGGGCAGUGUAUGCCAGCAGCGAGUGGAUCUUUGGUGAUCAAAUCUGUAAGGCAGUCUCAUUGGUUUACAUGGUGAGUUUGUAUAGCAGCAACCUGUUUGUUGCUUGUCUGAGCUUGCAGAGGUUUAUGGACAUGGCAUGUGUUGUUUCUACCACCAGCAUCUUCAAUAGUCCCAAGAGGAACACUGUUAUGUGCGUUUUGGUCUGGCUUUUCUCAAUUUUGGCAGCAGCUGCUCACGUCAGCUUUGUUGAGACUCAAAAGUUCCACAAAGUGUUCAUUUGCACUUAUCACUUCAACGAUAACAUCGGCUGGAAAAUCUACACAAGAUUUCAGAUGAACAUACUUGGGUUCGUCGUACCAUUCCUGGUGCUUCUGUUUUGUUCCAUCAGACUAUCAUGUGUUGCUGAGGUGAAGAGAACGUUUACGGUGUUUAGACAUGAAACUGGAUUCACCCUCAUGUUUUUUCUCCUCUGGUUCCCCUACAGUGUUGUAAUUUUCCUGCAUACUUUGCAAGACCUCCACAUUUUUUAUGCUUGUACCAUUAACAUACACUUUGACUUUGCUAUUCAUGUGACAGAAUGUAUUGCUUUCAUGCAUGUUUUCAUCAAUCCUGUUUUGUUCAUUUUUUUAAACAAAAAAGUCUGGAGACGACUCAGAAAUGCCUGCAAAACCCCAAGGGAGUAUCUGUACCUGGAGUACCAGGAAUCCAACAGUUCAACAGUUAUGUCAAGUCAGGAGGGAGCUAUAGAGCUGAAGGCAGUUCAGCGAUAUCAAGCUCAUGACCUGAGCAUGAGUGGUGAACAAUCUAAUAAUUUCUUACCUGAGCUCAUGUAAAAGCUUUGUUUCGUUUAUCGCAGUUUAGUAGUUAGGCCAACAAUGCUGUUUAUACUUCAUUAAUCUCUUAGGUUUAUUUUGGUCUUUCCCCAACAUUCUUAUCAUAAAGAUAACAGUAGCCUUGACCCUUCACAUUUAACAUUAGAACUUAGAGCCUAUUAAACAAUGCUCAAUGGAUAUUUUGAUCUUUUUUCUUUUAUCUUCAGGAGCUUCAUUGAAGCUUGGAUAGAUGUAAUA